AUGUUUAAGAGUGGAAAUGAUUUAGUGUUCAGGAUGAAGAGAAGCACUCAGCUGAGGAGGCUUAAGAUUGCUUACUGUGAUCGAAAGUCGGUAGAGUUCAACUGUACGAGAUUCGCUUACGAUGGUGUUGCUCUUAUAUCCAGCCGGACUCCAGAUGAGUAUGAUCUUGAGACUGGAGAUGUAAUUGAUGCAUUUCCGGUGCCAAGAGGAGGAGGAGCGCCAUGA